AUGGCCUCCUCCUCCACCUCGCCGGCGACGGCGGCCGCCAGGAAAAAGCGCGCGCUGACGGAGCAGCGGUUCUCGGAGCUGUCCCCGGCCAUUUCCCCGGAGGUGGUGGAGGCCCUGAAGCGCGGCGGCUUCCGGCGGUGCACGCCCGUGCAGGCGGCGACCAUCCCGCUGCUGCUGUCGCACAAGGACGUGGCCGUCGACGCCGCCACCGGCUCCGGCAAGACCCUCGCCUUCGUCGUCCCCGUCGUCGAGAUGCUCCGCCGCCUCCCCUCGCCUCCCAAGCCCCACCAGGUUCUGGGCAUCAUCAUCUCCCCGACGAGGGAACUGUCGUCGCAGAUAUACAACGUGGCGCAGCCCUUCUUCGCGACGCUCAAGGGCGUGUCGUCCAUCCUCCUGGUCGGCGGGCUGGACAUCAAGGCGGAGCUCAAGAAGGUGGAGGAGGAGGGCGCCAACAUACUGGUCGGCACACCCGGGAAGCUCUUCGACAUAAUGGAGCGCCUGGACUCCCUGGAGUAUAAGAAUCUCGAGAUACUGAUCCUGGAUGAGGCGGAUAGGCUCUUGGACAUGGGCUUCCAGAAGCAGGUCACCUCGAUUAUUUCAAAGUUACCGAAGCUGAGGAGAACCGGGCUGUUCUCCGCUACACAGACUGAGGCUGUCGAGGAGCUGGCAAAAGCAGGGUUGAGGAAUCCCGUGAGGGUCCAGGUUAAGACGGAGGCCAAGGAUGCUGCUCAGCAAGAUCUUGGUCCAUCCAAGACGCCGCUGGGGCUCCGGUUGGAGUAUAUGAUAUGUGAACCAUCAAAGAAAUCAUCACAACUUGUUGAUUUCCUUGUGCACAACAACGGAAAGAAAAUCAUGGUAUAUUUUGCAACAUGUGCCUGUGUAGAUUACUGGUCUGUUGUUCUUCCAAUGCUCAACUUACUUAAAGGUUCUCCAGUAAUACCUUACCAUGGAAAGAUGAAACAGGGCCCUCGUGAGAAAGCUCUGGCGUCAUUUUCUGCUCUUUCAAGUGGUAUUUUAGUCUGCACUGAUGUUGCAGCAAGGGGUCUUGACAUACCACAUGUUGAUCUAAUUGUGCAGUACGAUCCACCUCAAGAUCCCAAUGUUUUCAUACAUAGAGCAGGUCGCACUGCCCGCUAUGAUCAAGAAGGAGAUGCUAUUGUAUUUCUCUUGCCGACGGAGGAUUCUUAUGUUGAAUUCUUAAAGCUUCGAGGUGUACCUCUCAUGGAAAGGGAGUGUUCCAGUGAUAUUGUAGAUAUUGUGCCACAGAUCAGAGCAGCUGCAUCAGAAGAUCGUAAUAUCAUGGAAAAGGGGCUUCGAGCUUUUGUAUCAUUUGUUCGUUCAUACAAGGAGCAUCACUGCUCGUACAUUUUCAAUUGGAAAGGACUUGAAGUAGGAAAGCUGGCCAUGGAGUAUGGCUUACUUCAGAUCCCAUCCAUGCCAGAAGUGAAGCACAAUAAUCUUUCACUGAAGGGAUUUAUGCCUGUCAGCAACGUCAACUUUUCACAAAUCAAGUUCAAGGACAAAACUCGAGAGAAGCAACGCCAGAAGGUACUGAAAAGAAAAGCGGAAGAGCUAGCUCAAGAGCCACCUGAGCCAGAAAGGAGAGUUCGGGAGAAGCCUCUUAAACCAAAGCGCAAGCAGACGGGCAAGCAGCGACAGACGAUCCAGACCAAGGAGGACAUGGAUGAGCUGACGCACGAGUACCGGCUCCUGAAGAAGCUGAAGAAGGGGGUGAUCGACGAGGAUGAGUAUGAGAAGCUUACCGGGUUCGGAGACUCAGACGGUGGAGGUUCUUCGGACGGGGAGGACAAAGGGAUGGAGAGGCGGAGAAAGGAGCAGAAGAAACUCAAGCAGAGAGGAGGGAAGACGAGAGGAGGGUCUGCUAGGAAAUUUGAUGGAAAGAGUAGUAAGCUGAAGAACAGGAGAAAAUGAAUAUGUUUUAUACUGAGAAAUUUUGCCAGUUUUGUUCUUUGCUUUGCUUAGCCGGUGAAGAAGCCGAUUCUGUGUCGCCUGUAGUUACUGCUUUGAUGAUGAUGAACAAUUUUC